AUGGCGGGAUUAUUCGAUAAGCAAGCCCAUGACUAUUUGGCUGCACGCCCAACUUAUCCGCCUCACUGGUUUUCCUUGUUAGCUCCUCACACAUCCUCUCAUUCUCGUGCUUGGGAUAUCGCCACCGGCAACGGUCAAGCCGCCAUCGCUGUGGCAGAGCAUUACCAACAAGUGAUUGCGACUGACGUCAGCCAAGCUCAAUUGAAGCUCGCCAAACCUCAUCCUCGUGUUCGAUACCUUCACACACCACUCUCUUUAUCCGACGAUGAGUUAGUUCAGUUGAUCGGUGGUGAAAAUUCUGUGGAUCUGGUCACUGUUGCUCAAGCCUUACACUGGUUCCAUCUCCCCAGACUCUACUCUGUCGUCAAUCGCGUUCUACGCAAACCAAACGGCGUAUUUGCUGUUUGGGGAUACAAUGGCCUCACCGUAACCCCUGAGAUUGAUGCAGCAUUUAAGCGAUUCCAUGACACCACCAUUCCUUAUUGGAAGGAGAACGUGAAGCAUUUAUUUGCUGAUUACCGAACUUUGGCUUUUCCUUUCCAAGACAUCGGGUUAGGGUCGGAAGGAAGGCCAUUGAAACUAGCUAUACCCAAACAACGAUCCUUUGAGGAGAUUUUAGGAUUGUUCAGGUCCUGGACUGCCGUCGUUACUGCCAAGGAGAGAGGUGUUGAUUUGUUGCCGGAAAGUGUGAUUGAACAACUGGAGAAUGUGUGGGGCGGACCCAAGGUGGCUAGGCCUGUUGUUUACAAGGCUUUCAUGCUUGCAGGAAAACCCCAUUCCUAA